AUGAUUCAGAGGCACGCGCAGGGAGUGAAGAAGACGUGGGUGGAGACGAUCCUCCUCAACGGCAACAACGUCAGCAUACUGGUGCCUGGGGGCAACCCAGAGGAGACACAGCAGCAGCAGCAGCAGCAGCAGCAGCAGCAGCAGCAGCAGCAGAAGGAGAAGCAGAAGGAGAAGGAGAAAGAGAAGGGAGAGGAAGAACACACUGCAGCUAAGGAUGAUGUCGAUACAAAAAAAAAAUAA